AUCAACAAUCGGUUUAGUACAAAGGGAAAGACUUUCUAAAAGGAUUCUAGUGAAGUUUGUUUCAGAGUCGACAGCAGAUCUUUGGUGAUUCUGAUGAUUAUUCAUUAUUGAAAGCAACAUUCAGAAAGUCAAAGUAAAGUUCAGAUCGUUGGAGCUUUUAUAAGCAGUGAAAAUGGAUUCACUCUCUGUGGAAGAACUUUCUUGUCCCGUGUGCUGUGAAAUCUACAAGAAUCCUGUUGUUCUGUCGUGUAGUCACAGUGUGUGUAAAGAGUGUCUUCAACAGUUCUGGAAAACCAAGAGAACUCAGGAGUGUCCCGUCUGCAGGAGAUCUUCAAAAGAAGAACCUCCUCGUAAUCUGGCAUUGAAGAACUUAUGUGAGAUGUUUGUGAAGGAGGGAAAUGAGAAGGAGAUCUGCAGUUUACACAGAGAGAAACUCAAACUCAUCUGUCUGGACGAUAAACAGCCGGUGUGUUUAGUGUGCAGAGAUUCAGAGAAACACGUCAAUCAUAAAUUCAGACCCAUCAAUGAAGUUCUUCCAUCUUACAAGGAGGAACUCAAUACAGCACUGAAGUCUUUACAAGAGAAACUCAAACGCACAGAAAACAUGAAAGGAGAGUGUGAUAAAUCAGUUGGACACAUCAAGACUCAAGCUGAGCACACAGAGCGUCAGAUUAAAGAGCAGUUUAAGAAGCUUCAUGAGUUUCUCCGACAUGAAGAAGAAGCUACAAUCACUGAACUGAGAGAGGAAGAGGAGCAGAAGAGUCAGAUGAUGAAGAAGAAGCUUGAGGAGAUGAACACACACAUCUCAACUCUUUCACACACAAUCAAAGACAUGGAGGAAAUGAUGAAAGCCAAUGACGAUGUCUCAUUUCUAAAGAACUUUAAUGUGACAAUGGAAAGAGUCCAGAUCUCACAGCCGGAUCCACAGAUGACUUCUGGAGCUUUCAUUCAUGUGCCACAUUACUUGGGCAACCUGACAUUCAGAGUCUGGAAGAAGAUGCAAGACACUGUCCACAAGACUCCUGUGAUUCUGAAUCCAAACACUGCAAAUCCAAAUAUGAUCCUGUCUUAUGAUCUGACCAGAGUGAGAUACAGCGAGAACAGACAAAUAUUACCUGAUAAUCCAGAGAGAUUUGACUAUUAUCUGUGUGUUCUGGGUUCAGAGGGGUUUAACUCAGGAACACACUGCUGGGAUGUGGAGGUUAAACACAAUAAUAACUGGAUUAUUGGAGUAACUACAGCAUCAAACCAGAGGAAGGGAUGUGACUUCUUUAACACUGAUGUCUGGGGUGUGGAUUAUUAUGAGGAGGAUGAUGAAGAUGAUGAGGCUGAUAAAGCUGAUGAGGAUGAUGAGGAUGAUAAAGAUGGUGAUGAUGAAGAUGUGGAGGAUGGUGUGUUUACUGUCUCACAGAAACUUGAGCGUGUGAGAGUUCAUCUGGAUUAUGACGGAGGAAAAGUGUCAUUCUCUGAUCCUGUAACUAACACACAUCUACACACAUUCACACACACAUUUACACACACACUCUUGCCAUUCUUCUGGAGUUAUGAUGUCACUUCCCCUCUGAGGAUUUUACCAGUUAAAUUCACAGUAAUAUCUGAUCCUGCUCACUGAACAUCU